GGCUAGAGGCGGCCGCCACGAGGGCGCGCGGCGCCGGAGACAUGUCCAGGAGGAAACAGAGCAACCCCCGGCAGAUCAAGCGUUCCCUCAGAGACAUGGAGGCCAGAGAAGAGGCCCAGGCCGCGGACACCAGCCUCCCGGAGCAGGAGGCCACAGCACUGGAGCCCAAGCCCCCGAGCCCUUCCAGUCCAGAUGCUACUCCUCCACCCCCACCGCUACCACCCCCCGACACGUCCCCAGGAGGCUCCGAGGAGACGGAGGGUCCGGAGCCAGAGACGAGGCUGGAGGAGGAGGAGGCCAGCAGCCCCUGGAGCGGGCCAGAUGAGCUGAAGCUGCUGCUGCAGGACGGACAGAGGUGCGUGCGGGCUCGGUGCAGCCUCGCCGAGGGCCUGUCCUGGGGCCCGUUCCACGGGAGCAUCCAGACCAGAACCUCGUCCCCCGGGCAGGUGGAACCGAGCUCGGCCCUGACCCUGCUGCUGGAGGACGAGGCCUGCUGGCUGAGGACGCUGCCCCGGGCCCUGACCGAGGCCGAAGCCAACUCGGAGAUCUACAGGAAGGAUGGUGCCCUCUGGUGCAGGCUCACCAGGCCGGUGGCCGCGGGCGGACGGCUGAGCGUGCUCCUCGCGGCCGAGCCCUACGGUGACCCCGGCCAGCCUGUGAAGGAGCCGGCGGAGCCCGAGGGCCUGGCCCCCUCCCCAGCCGCCGACAUCCAGCUCCUGCCCCAGCAGGCAGGCAUGGCAUCCAUCCUUGCGACUGCCGUUGUCAACAAAGACGUCUUUCCCUGCAAGGACUGCGGCAUCUGGUACCGCAGCGAGCGGAACCUACAAGCCCACCUCCUCUACUACUGCGCCAGCCGCCAGGGCUCCAGCUCCCCCGCCGUGGCCGCCCCCGAAGAGAAGCCCAAGGAGACCCACCCCAGCGAGCGGGUCUGCCCCUUCCCCCAGUGCCGCAAAAGCUGCCCCAGCGCCAGCUCCUUGGAGAUCCACAUGCGCAGCCACAGCGGAGAGCGCCCCUUCGUGUGUCUCAUCUGCCUGUCCGCCUUCACCACCAAGGCCAACUGCGAGCGGCACCUCAAGGUGCACACAGACACGCUGACGGGUGUCUGCCACAGCUGCGGCUUCAUCUCCACCACAAGGGACAUCCUCUACAGCCACCUAGUGACCAACCACAUGGUCUGCCAGCCGGGCUCUAAGGUGGAGAUCUACUCAUCAGGGGCUGGGCACCCCACUGCCAAGCUCCCUGCAGACAGUCUGACCGCCUUCCAGCAGCACACGGCGCUGCACGGCCCCCUGGCCUCUGCAGACCUGGGCCUGGUGCCCACCCCAUCACCGGGACUGGACAGGAAGGCCCUGGCAGAGCCCACCAACGGAGAGACCAUAACGGGCCCCCAGAACGGGGGCGGCGGCGAACCCCCAGCGACCCCCAGGAGCAUCAAGGUGGAGGCGGCGGAGGAGCCCGAGGCGGAGCCAGGGCCCCGGGCCCUGUCGCGGACGCCGUCACCACCCAGCGCGGGCCCCAGCCCCGUGCGCGUGAAGGCGGAGCUGUCCAGCCCCACGCCCGGCUCCAGCCCAGGGCCCGGCGCGCUCUUCCUGCCGCAGCUGCCCACGGCGCCGCCGGCCUCCGAGAUCCUGGCCAAGAUGUCCGAGCUGGUGCACAGCCGGCUGCAGGCGGGCGCGGGGGUGGGCGCGCCGGCUGGCCUCUUCACGGGGGCCCCCAAGGGCGCCACGUGCUUCGACUGCGACAUCACCUUCAACAACGUCAACAACUUCUAUGUACACAAGCGCCUCUACUGCUCCGGCCGCCGCCCGCCCGACGACACGCUCCCUGCCCGCCGGCCCAAGGCGGCCCCCGCCCCGCCGCGCGCGCCCCCCGCCCCGCCGCCCGCCGAGGCCGACGAGCAGCGCUCGCUGCCGGGCCCCGGGGCGCGCGAGGACGAGGCAGGGGGCGCGGCUACGCCCGAGGCGGAAGCCGAGACCGAGGCGGGCGGCCGGGGCAGCGAAGGCAGCCCGAGCCCGGGCAGCGGGGCAGACGAGGACGACGACCCCCGCCGGACACUGUGCGAGGCCUGCAACAUCCGCUUCAGCCGCCACGAGACCUAUACGGUGCACAAGCGGUACUACUGCGCCUCUCGCCACGACCCGCCGCCGCGCCGGCCCGCGCCCGCCGGGACCCCCGCGCCCGCUGCGCCGCCCGUGCGUACGCGCAGGCGCCGCAAGCUCUACGAGCUGCACGUGGCCGGACCCGCCCCGUCCCCGGUCGCACCCGCCCCGUCCCCGGUCGGACCCGCCCAGCCCGUCGCGGCAGGCCACGCCCCCACGCCGCCUGCGUCGCCGGCGCCGCGGCCCGGAAGCGGAAAUGGAGGCGGAGGUGGAAGCGGCCCAGAACCGGCGGAAGGCCCUAUCGACCUGAGCAAAAAGCCGCGGCGCCAGGCUCCCGCCGCCGCCCCUGGCCCUGCGCCCGGCCUACCGGCCCUGGCCGACUACCACGAGUGCACAGCCUGCCGCGUGAGCUUCCACAGCCUCGAGGCGUACUUGGCGCACAAGAAGUUCUCGUGCCCCUCCGCCCCGCGCCGCCUGCGCGCCGCCCCCGAGGACCCGCCCGCCGUCGUCUGCCCCUACUGCCCCCCGAACGGCGUGGUGCGCGGCGACCUCAUCGAGCACUUCCGCCUGGCGCACGGCCUGCUGCUGGGCAAACCCCCGGCCGGCUCCGGCUCCGGCCCUGGCGCCGAGGCCCGGACGCCCUCGCCCGCCGCCCCCCGCGAUGGCCUCAACGGCCAGGACCCUUGGGAGCCGCCCGCCGGCAGCCCCCGGCCCGGCCCGCCCGCGGCCACGUCCCCCGAGGCCGUGCCGGCACCCCCCUCCCACUCGGACAAGGGCGUACAGACCCCCAGCCAGGGGACGGCGGCUUCCGUGCCCAACGGCAACCACAGGUACUGUCGCCUGUGCAACAUCAGGUUCAGCAGCCUGUCCACCUUCAUCGCCCACAAGAAGUAUUACUGCUCCUCGCAUGCGGCCGAGCACGUGAAGUGAGCGCCCGGCGCUGCUGCCCUGCAGGGGGACCCGGGACGCUCCAGGCACAGACCUCGUCAGAGAGGCUGCAGGGGGCAGCGCCCGCCUGGACCUUGGCACUUAAUAAAGAAGUUCAGUUU